UACGUAUAAAACUAAACCAGCCGGCAAUUAUUGCUGAUACAAGCAGUAAUGGUCGGUUACUCCUUUACUUGGCUGGACUACGCAAUUUUGUGCAGCCUGUUGGGAUGUAGCUUAAUGAUCGGCGUAUAUUUUGGAUUUCGUAAAAAAAGGAAGGAGCGUGAUGACUACAUUUUGGGCGGAAAAACGAAUAUUCUUGCGGUGGUCGCUUCGUUGAUCGCCAGCAACGUGUCUGGAGUCCUCUUGGUAGGAUUUCCGUCCGACAUAUACCAGUUUGGAGCAAUGUAUAUCUGGUCGCCCGUCUCUUAUACCGUUGCCAUUUUCUGUGCGAUGUUUAUAACGAUGCCAGUUUUAGUCAAUUUGGAAACGGCUAGUAUCUUUUAUUAUUUGGAAGUAAGGUUCACUCGAAAAGUGCGGUUGAUUGCGUCAAUGCUUUGGGUCAUCCGAGCAGUGUUGUUCUGCCCGAUUACUUUAUACGUACCCAGUAUUCUACUAGAGCAAAUGACUGGCUUUUCCGGCAAGAUCAUAUCAAUCGUCACAUGUCUGAUUUGCGUUUUUUACACUACUCUGGGAGGUUUCAACGCGGUCGUGUGGACUGAUGCCUUGCAGACCAUUGUCAUGAAUGUCUGCUUAAUUGUUGUGUUGAUAAUUGGAUUCAACGCAAACGGUGGGCUAGGUACUGUGUGGUCCGAGUCGGUUAAAGGUGGACGUUUGGACAUACUAAGGUUCAAUUUGGACCUCACAACGCGAGAGUCUAUUUAUACCAUUGUCUUUUCCUAUUCGCUAAUGCUUAUGAUGCCCAUUACAUUGGGUCAACCGACGCUACAACGAUUGAAGUCACUUCGAUCAUACGAGGACGCGCAUAAGGCGAUGGGUUUGCUACUGCUGGGUCUUAUCGCAAUGACGGUUUUUGUCGUGCUAAUCGGACUUACCAUCUACUCCCGUUACUCUCAUUGUGAUCCCCUGCUGAGCUACAAAAUUAAGAACUACGAUCAAAUCGUUGCAUACUUUGUGAUGGAUACCGCAGGACAAGUGUUUGGAUUACCGGGUUUAUUUAUUGCGGGAAUAUUUAGCGGAGCAUUGAGUAGUUUAUCAACAUCUUUUAACUCGUUACAGGCCAUACUUUACUGCGAUUUUUUGGAACCGGUCCUUUCGCCACAAAUGAAUGAAAAACAUCGAGAUACAAUUUUGAAAAUAAUUGUCCUUCUUGCUGGAGGCGUGUGCGUUAUACUUACAUACCUCAUUCAGAAUCUUGGAGGAAUACUUCCAACAAUGACCAGCUUCUUUGGCAUCUUUGGAGGACCCGUGGUCGCACUGUACACGCUAGGAUUGGUUUUUCCUAAAUCAAAUGCUGCGGGCGCUUUGGUAGGAAGUGCUACAGCUGUGGUGUUCGUGGUAUGGUUAUUCGUCGGUCACCAGUACUUCAAAUAUAAAGGACUCAUUAAAGAUCACUUAAAACCAAUGUCGAUAGAAAAUUGUGAAUCCAUAAUUAAUUCCACGAUCACAUUGCUGAAACAGGAGGAGGAGGAGGUAUUUGUGCUAUACCGAAUCAACUAUUGGUAUUACACUUUAAUUAGCUUCCUUAUAACAAUUACAGUGGGAUACAUAGCCAGUCUACUUACUCGUAAAGAUGGUGAUAUACCACGAUCUGAGUUGAUCUCUCCGUGGUUUAGACGUUUUGUCCCUCAGGAGAACCGAAUGCCCCAACGUUUAAUGGACCCUGCUGCCAUUGAUUAAAUAAAAGAAGCUCUUCCUUUAUUCUGAUUACUAAUCAAUUGAGUAGUUUUCAAACAAAUUGCUCAAUUUACCAUCCCGGGAGGAAAUAUGAAAUGUUUAUUGCAAGUACUUUGCAAUACCUUCCCCCAUAUAAUGUUGUUAUACUCCUCCUCCUGGAAUCGUUAUAGAAUUUUUUUACAAUUUUAUUAGUCUUUAUAAUCUACUUCUAAAAUUCGUAAAAAUCUCCCGAAAAUGUCCUGUUUGAAUCGCUAGGUAGCUCGGUAGGUAGGUAGUUAGAAACUUUAAGCUUAAGGCUGGUCGUCCACUGGAAGCGAAAACAAGCGGCUUCGAGCUUACGCGAUACGAGCGUCAACAAGCGGCUAUAAGAUAAGCGAUCUUGUGCGACAGGGGUCGUCCAUUGCAAGCUGUUUCACUGACAGUAGUAGCGACGCGCGACGUUGAAUAGUAGUUGUUGCUUUUUGCGAUUAAAUAUUGAAAUGGAUGCAGAAGACGGGUAUUUUUUAGAAACUCCUUACAAAAGGCGGAAAAGAGUUCAAAAAAGAAGAUUGUAUUGGGUAAACCCUAUACUGGAAAAGAGGGCGCGUCUCGGUGAAUUCAAUCAUCUCCAUCGCGAAUUAGAAAACGACCAUCCGAAGUUUUUUGAUUACUACCGAAUGGGUAGACGUAUUUUAUAAAUUUUGAAUUCUAUAAAAACAAUUAUCUGGAAA